AUGGCUCUGUCCUGUGAGGGCGUGACGACCAUUCACAUACAGUGUGAGGGCGUGAGGACCAUUCGCAUACGGUGUGAGGGCGUGACGACCAUUCGCAUACGGUGUGAGGGCGUGACGACCAUUCGCAUACGGUGUGAGGGCGUGACGACCAUUCGCAUACGGUGUGAGGGCGUGACGACCAUUCGCAUACGGUGUGAGGGCGUGACGACCAUUCGCAUACGGUGUGAGGGCGUGACGACCAUUCGCAUACGGUGUGAGGGCGUGACGACCAUUCGCAUACGGUGUGAGGGCGUGACGACCAUUCGCAUACGGUGUGAGGGCGUGACGACCAUUCGCAUACGGUGUGAGGGCGUGACGACCAUUCGCAUACGGUGUGAGGGCGUGACGACCAUUCGCAUACGGUGUGAGGGCGUGACGACCAUUCGCAUACGGUGUGAGGGCGUGACGACCAUUCGCAUACGGUGUGAGGGCGUGACGACCAUUCGCAUACGGUGUGAGGGCGUGACGACCAUUCGCAUACGGUGUGAGGGCGUGACGACCAUUCGCAUACGGUGUGAGGGCGUGACGACCAUUCGCAUACGGUGUGAGGGCGUGACGACCAUUCGCAUACGGUGUGAGGGCGUGACGACCAUUCGCAUACGGUGCCUCCUGCUCGCCGCGCUCUCGCCGCUGGCGCGCACCGACCUCACCUACGCGGUGGAGGAGCUGGGUAUCGUCACCUGCUUCGACGUGCUCAAGUCCACGAUGCUGCCCAGCGUGGCCAUGUGGGCCAUCUUCCUCUUCACCCUCUUCGUCGUCCUGUUCCUGGUCCCGUUCGUGGUCACCGUGGCCUGCUACACGGCCGCCGUGGUCCUGCUCGCCUUCGUCACCUGCUUCGCGCCCAACAACUUCGUGCUCCUGGCGCACAUGGUGAGCCGCCUCUUUUUGGGGACCAGCUACUACCACGUCUACAAGCUGACGCUCUGCCUCAGCUGCCUCAACAACUGCCUGGACCCCUUCGUGUACUAUUUCGCCUCCCGCGAGUUCCAGCAACGGCUCCGGCGUUAUGGUGAAGGCACCCCAUACUGUCUCUGA